AUGGUGGGAUCUUGCCUCGAUUGGCUUUCGCCUUGGUCGGCUAUAACCCUGAAGAGUUUUUAUUCCUUGGUGGAUUUCGUCUUGGUGGGCUCUCACCUCAAUUGGCUUUUGCCUUGGUGGGCAUUUUCCUUUAUGGGCUUUUGCCUCAGUCUUUGUGGGCUCUUGCCUUGGUUUACUUUCUCCUUGGUCGACUAUAGCCUUGAAAGGAUUUUGCCUCGAUCUUUGUGUUCUCUUACCUUGGUUGGUUUUCUCCAUGGUGGGAUCUUGCCUCGAUUGGCUUUCGCCUUGGUCGGCUAUAACCCUGAAGAGUUUUUAUUCCUUGGUGGAUUUCGUCUUGGUGGGCUCUCACCUCAAUUGGCUUUUGCCUUGGUGGGCAUUUUCCUUUAUGGGCUUUUGCCUCAGUCUUUGUGGGCUCUUGCCUUGGUCGACUAUAGCCUUGAAAGGUUUUUGCUUUCGUCUAUAGCCCUAGAGGGCUUUUUCCCUUUGGUGGGCACUAACCUCGGAGGGUCUUCACCUUGA